AUGUACAGGUUCAUUUUGAUGAUGGAUGAUCAAGCAACUGCUGAAUCAUCUACCAUUUUCACCUCGAAUGCUGUUAAGGGACAUAUGAGGAAGAGGGAUGGAAGAUUCCAAGCUGCAAAAUGGAAUGCUACUUUAGCAUCUAAAAUAAAAACUAAAUUAAUAAAUAACUCAUCUAUGUUUAAAUUAUCUUUAAAACAAAAUAAUAAAGCAUUAGCUGUGGCUUUGAGCGUGGAGAGAGAAAAUUCUCGAAAACUAAAGAAUGAGAAGAUUUUUCUUCAGAAGGAAGUAGAAAAGCUGCAGCUUCAUAACAUCUUGCUUCGUCAAAAACUAAACCGUUUGAAUAAAACACUUAUAGAAAUAGAAGUAUUUUUGAAUUAUAACCUCUUAACUGCAAUAGAAAUAAGCAGUCUUUCUGAGAAUCUUCAGAGUUCUCUUCCUCUGCCAGCUGGUCCAAGUAGCCCUAGUCAUGACCAGUUCAAGAGUACGUGUCAGUCAGCUAGAUCUGUUGAACUGCUAGAGAAGCUUCCUUUAAUUGCAACAGCUAAUGCAAAACAGCGAGAUAGCCCUUCUGUGUGUGAAAUACCAAAUGCUUAUAAGUGUACCACUGUUUUGUCAAAGGAAAUGCAUUCAGAUCAAGUCAAGAUUGCGUUAUCAUUGCCUUCUGGUACAAAUAAUCAAAAGUUAAUUGAAAUAGACCCAGUGGAAACAAAAGUUGACAAAAAUAUUUUUUUAAAAGAAAAUCAGUUAUGCACAGAACUAACUUGCGAUAGUGCCUUCCUGACUCACGUCAAAAAUACAAGAUCUUUAAGACAGUCUGAGGAGUUUACAAAACAAUAUGAUGGUUCAUUGCCACCCUGUGGAAAUGUGACUGAAAGAAAGAAACAUGCAGUAUAUCAAAAGUCAAAACCUCAACCUAAUAUAAAGGAUUUUGAUAAAAAAUGUAGCUCAAAUAAUCUGCCUCAUCAUGGUAUCAACAGCAGCAGCAACACCAAUGACAUGAAUUUGAACGAAAGUUCAAAUGUCUUGUCUCACAUUAUUCCUUCAUCUCUUAAAUUUCACAAUGAAAAGAGAGAUUUUAAGAAGCUGCUUUUUACUGACAAGAUGCAGCCUGAAGAAACUCUUUAUGAUGCUGAUAUGGAGUUGACUGCCAGUGAUGCAGGUGAACUACUCACAGUUACAGCAAAAGACAAAGAUAAAUUACACCAAAAUAAAAAUAGUAAUGCCAAUUCUGACAAAACAUUAGCAAGUUUCAGAAAAGUAAAAUAUUCUAAGAAGGAUAAAGAGAAAGUUAAAAGCAAGACUGAAGUCAGUUCAAAUUUGCAUGCAGAAGAAAGGCACACUAGGGCUGACAAUAGUGAAGUUUCAAAAACUACUGACUCGCAAACUCAAGUUUUCCAAAGUCAGACAGAACAGCUACCUACAGGAAAUUCAGUAAGGAAACAGAGUUUACUAAAUACCAGCAAAUAUUAUCAAGCACAAAAUUGCACAAGUCAAGCUAAAGAUACUAGGAGGACAUACCAGGUUAACUUAAUGAGUCCAAGAAAACAGGAGACAAAUAAAGAAUCUUUCUCAGAAACAUUGGAAGACAAGGGAAGCAAAAUACAAAAAGCAGACACAAACUCAUAUGUUAACAAGAUCCCACCAGAAGUUUGCUCUGAUGAAAAUUUACCAUUCCAAGAUAACCCGUCUAAUGUAUUGCCUUUACAGUGGCAUACAAAAGAAAAACACAGCAGACCAAAAAUAAACAGGAAAACUUCUCGAAACCCUUCUAAAAUGAACACAGCAAAAUACAGUAGAGAGGAAAAUGGACAGUAUGGAGUAUAUAUUUCCAAAAAGUCUCAAACAGAGAUACACCAAUACGACAACAAAAGAAAACAAGACCAGAAGAAUAUUAGAAAAUACAACAAAAAAAGUAGUUACAGAGAAAGUGGAGAAACUGAAAGUGACAGCAUUCAUAAAACUAGUCAGAAAGGAGGCCUAAAAAAGAGUAGCCAUUUUUCACCAGGCAGAUUAAAACGUACAUUGUCAAAGGCUAGCCGGAAAACAUGUGUCAUACCAAAAGAAAACCUUACACAGUUCUCAGUUUUCAAAAAUGAAGAAUUAAAAAAUAAGGAUGUGUUGCCUCCAGAGACUGUUUGUGGAAAUAAAGUAACUGAAACUCAGCAAAUGCAAGUAACUUUGGUUACUCAGAAUAGUGUCACUGUGAAUACACCACAAGCUAAAGAACAAGACGAUGAUGGUGCUAAUACGUUAAAGAAAGUAGAGUCCUCAUCAGUGGCACAUAAAACCCCUCACAUUUAUAAUUCUCCUGAUAAUCAGGUAAAGUGCAAACAGGAGUUUAGUUCUGAUGUUACUGAGACCAGACCAGAAAAUUAUUUCAGGCUUGUUGAUCAAGGGGAGCAGAAUGUUUUGGAUGACCAGGAAGUCCCUCAUGAGAUAGAUUCCUUUGUGAGCAAGUUAAAGCCUAUGGUUCAAAAUUUUUUAAAAUUCUUACCUGUCAAAUGUUCUAAGAAUAUGCCAUUAAAUGUAGAUAACUUUUUCCAGGAAGGUCUUUCCUACGUGGAGCUCCCAGCUCUUGAUAACCACAGUACUUCCAAGAACUUCUCUAUACUUUCAAACUCUGAAAUCUGUGGGGAAAAUGAUCAUAAUAAAGCACUGAGUGCUGGAAAAGCAGAACGAAAACCGGCUCAUAUUUCUAAAGAGACUUACAAAAAAACUCUCACUCCUUGUCAUGGGAGAAAGUCUUUGCAAGAUCUGACAAAUACUAGUAUACAAUCUCACACUUCCUUACCUAAAUCCCCCCAAACUUCAGAAGAAAAUUCAGCAGCACCAUCUAGACGAGCAAGAGCCACUAUUUGCUACAAAGAACCCAAUUUACACUGCAAAUUAAGGCGUGGAGAUCAGUUUACAGAUACAGAAUUUCUGGAUUCCCCAGUCUAUAAAGUAAAAAAGAAAAGAAGUUUUAAAAGUAAAUCAAAAUUUAUUUGA